AUGAAUAGGCUUUCCCUGUCAGUUUUCUGUAAAGUAGACAACUGGCUGCAGGACCAGGACCCUUCUGCCCAGGGUGCCGGCUGCUGGAGCCCUGGGGAUGGGAGGGUGCCAUGCUCGGGUACUCCCACAUCUGGGGAAGGGGCCGGGGACAGCCCAGCUCACAUCCCGCUCUCCCUGCAGGUGCAGCCUCCGGAUCCAGCCAGCAUCCGCGUGCUGCGGGGCCACCAGCUGCCCGUCACCUGCCUGGUCAUCUCUCCAGAUGACAGGUUCAUCUUUUCCGCUUCCAAGGACGGCGCCGUCAUCAAAUGGGAGGUGGAGAGCGGGAAGAGGCUGUGCGUGGUGCCUGGGGGAAAGAAGGGCACUGAGGAGCGGCACAUGGGGCACGCGUCCCAUGUUCUCUGCAUGGCCAUCUCGUCGGAUGGCAAGUACCUGGCUACGGGAGACAGGAACAAGCUGAUCAUGAUCUGGGAUGCAGCCACAUGCAAGCGCCUGCACAUCUUCACAGGGCACCACGACGCCGUCUCGGGCCUGUCCUUCCGGAAGGGCACGCACCAGCUGUACAGUGCCUCCCACGACCGCUGCGUCAAGGUCUGGGAUGUGGCGGAGAAUGCAUAUGUGGAGACCUUGUUUGGGCACCAGGAUGUCAUCACAGGGCUGGACAGCCUGAGCCGGGAGUGCUGUGUGACGGCAGGGGGACGGGACGGUACCGUGCGGCUCUGGAAGAUCCCCGAGGAGUCACAGCUUGUGUUUUGUGGGCACCAGGGCUCCAUUGACUGUAUCCAGCUCAUCAACGAGGAGCACAUGGUGUCAGGCGCCGAUGACGGGUCUGUAGCCCUGUGGGGGCUGACGAAGAAGAAGCCGCUGGCGCUGGGCCGGCCGGCGGCCGGCACGGAGGCACAACUGUGCUCCCACAGCGCCAGCGUGAAGCUCUGGAAGAGCAGUGAGGGAUUUCGGAAGCUGGAGCCCCUCUGGGACAUCCCAUUGGGGCUGCGCGCUGCGGCUCAGUGCAAGGGAUUUGGGGGGGGGAUGUUCACCAUGGCUCGGUGUGGGUGA